AUGGCAUACGCACACCAUGUUACACCAUCAAAAUCGCCGGAGGUGGUCGAAGCGCCUUGUGAGCAGAAUUUUAAACGAGAUGGCGGCGGUGAUGGUCUUCUUUUCUCUGAGAAACCAAACGCACCAACAGAAUCUGAUGGUGCUGAUGCUGGUGAUUUGUCUCCAUGUACUCCAUCGCCCUUGCCUCAUCACUCGCCUGCACCUCCACAACAAAGCUUUGGCCGGCUCGGUGAUGCACGUGGGAAUUCCUUGGAAAGCAUCCCUCAGCCCGAGUUUCUUGAUACCUCUCAAGGGUUACAGAGCAAAGAGACUAUAUCCUCGAGCCACUCCGACACUCCUGAUAUCAACCCUGCGGAGAAGGCCGGCCCAGCAUCUGUGGUCAGUGACGUAUCUGUACACGAUGUAGUUAUCUCACACGACAAGGCGAACAGAAUAGGGUUGUUCACUCGCACCAGAACCGGUUGCCUCUCCUGUCGCAGAAGAAAGAAGAAAUGCGACGAACAUCGUCCGUCAUGUGAGUAUUCACCCUUCUCGUCGGGCAUCACACGGCACGAAUAUAGCUCUGAUUCACCUACUCACGUCAUGGCAGGUGUUAAUUGCCUUCGUCUCAAUUUAUAUUGUGAAGGUUACGAUCCAGGUCCUCGACGGAUGGAACCCCGGCCUACUCCUAGCCCCACAACCAUGGGACGGAAUCUCGGCGCGGAGGACACGACUUUGCUUGCACUGGCCCAACAAUCCGAGAGAUAUGGUAGCGUAUCAAGCGAUUUUCUCCCUAAUAAGUGUCUGAGCCACUCCGAUGAGUAUCACAAGAAGCCAAAAUAUCUUCCACGUCUGGCAGAGCUGGAUUGGCCGACGUUGGGAAAGGGGAGUCAGGGAGGGUGGCCUCUUAAACUCACAGACGUCUGUGGACGGCAAAGCUCCUUAUUGACGGAGGCUAUUCCCAGACCUAUACAGCCUUCUAAUCCCCGGCCUAUCUCAUACUGUCCUCGCGCCUUGCCGACCUAUGCGAGCCUUCCACAGCCGUUGGAACCCUCUAUCCUAUACGGGAGUGACAUCGCCCAACAACCACGACUCCGAGAAUUGCCCAGCCCACUUCGGCGCCUUACCGAACUAUACGACCUUUCUUCGGCCGGUCGAGAGCUCUGCACCCACCGUGAGUGA